AAAUUUUUCUACAGUACAUCUUUGUGUCUCUUGUUUUCGUUUUGCUUUUGUGGUGCAGAGCCUGAACCUUGGGUUUUAUACACUCUGCUACAGAGUUCCAGCCCCAGCCUUACCCCUUUUUGCUUUUAUUACCAUUCUUUUCUACAGCGCUGGAAGUCUAAGCCAGGAUCUCAGGCAGCCUAGGCAAGGGGAUGACCACUGAUCUGCACCCUCAGUCCUAGUGCAUUUUAAAAUUCUGACAUUGUGUCCUCCCAAAAUAUAAAGGCAUUAAAUCUGCCUGCGUGAGACUGCAUGAGCAAGGGUUUCCUACUUACAAAGACAAUGACUACUGAUGAAGGUGCCAAGAACAGUGGAGAAAGCCCAGCAGCCACUGUUGCUGAACACGGAGAGGAUGUCACCCCCAAAAAAGACAGAGGGGUAUUAAAGAUUGUCAAAAGAGUGGGGAAUAGUGAGGAAACACCCAUGAUUGGUGACAGAGUUUACGUCCAUUACAAAGGAAAAUUGUCAAAUGGAAAGAAGUUUGAUUCCAGCCACGAUAGAAAUGAACCAUUUGUUUUUAGUCUUGGCAAAGGCCAGGUUAUCAAGGCCUGGGACAUUGGAGUGGCCACCAUGAAGAAAGGGGAGCUCUGCCAUUUGCUCUGCAAACCAGAAUACGCCUAUGGCUCGGCCGGCAGCCUCCCUAAAAUUCCCGCGAAUGCAACCCUCUUUUUUGAGAUUGAGCUCCUUGAUUUCAAAGGAGAGGAUUUAUUCGAAGAUGGAGGCAUCAUCAGGAGAAUCAAGCGGAAAGGAGAGGGGUAUUCCAACCCGAAUGAAGGGGCAAGAGUGGACAUCCACCUGGAAGGCCGCUAUGGUGGAAGGACGUUUGAUUGCAGAGAUGUGAUAUUCAUUGUUGGUGAAGGAGAAGACCACGACAUUCCCAUUGGAAUUGACAAAGCCCUGGAGAAGAUGCAGCGGGAAGAGCAGUGCAUUUUAUAUCUUGGACCACGAUAUGGUUUUGGAGAGGCAGGGAAGCCUAAAUUUGGCAUUGAACCUAAUGCUGAGCUUAUAUAUGAAGUAACACUUAAGAGCUUCGAAAAGGCCAAAGAAUCCUGGGAGAUGGACACCAAAGAAAAACUGGAGCAGGCUGCCAUUGUCAAAGAGAAGGGAACUGUGUACUUCAAGGGAGGCAAAUACAUGCAGGCGGUGAUUCAGUACGGGAAGAUAGUGUCCUGGCUGGAGAUGGAGUACGGGCUGUCAGAGAAGGAACUGAAAGCGUCCGAAUCAUUUCUGCUCGCUGCAUUUCUGAACCUGGCCAUGUGCUACCUGAAGCUGAGAGAAUACGCCAAAGCUGUGGAGUGCUGUGACAAGGCCCUCGGACUGGACAGUGCCAACGAGAAAGGCUUGUACAGGAGGGGCGAGGCCCAGCUGCUCAUGAACGAGUUCGAGUCGGCCAAGGGUGACUUCGAGAAAGUGUUGGAAAUCAAUCCCCAGAACAAGGCCGCCAGACUCCAGAUCUCCAUGUGCCAGAAGAAGGCGAAGGAGCACAACGAGCGGGACCGCAGGAUCUACGCCAACAUGUUCAAGAAGUUUGCGGAGCAGGAUGCGAAGGAAGAGGCCAGUAAAGCAAUGAGCAAGAAGACUUUAGAGGGGGCCACCGGUGAAAAAGGGACAGAAAGUAAAACGAUGGAAGGAGGGCAACCCGAAGGCCACCUAUGACGCCACGCCAAGGAGGGCAGAGGUUCCGGAGAGCUCGGCCCCUCCUCCCUGGGCGUCCACCCACCUCAGGACUAAACAGUGUUUAGUGUAAAGUUUGUUAUAGUCUCUGUGAUUCUGGAAGCAAAGAGCACAACCGGUAGCUUCCCCAAAGCAACCACCCUGCUGCUGCCCAGUGGGUUCACUGAGGGGUGGCGUGGGACCACUCCAGGCGGGACAGAGCAGAGAGGGCCCGGGCGCAGACCCACCCGCGGCUCCUUGCGGCUCCUAUUUCAGUUCAUGUCAACUUUCAGUAUCCGCUGCAGGGUCUCUCGAGAUCACCCUAACAAUUUGGCGCUGUUAGAUUUUACAUUUGAACUUUCAUAGCACUGCAGAAACCUUUAAGAAAAACACUUAAAGAAUUUCUCCUUUCCGACAGGAGAGCACGAGUUUGUCUUUCAAAUGGCUGAAGUGCUAUGAACGCAGCUUGUUGCACUUAUAACCAACAGAGCCCACGGUGGAGGGGGGCGGACCCCUUCGGCUCCACAGCAGUGUCACAGACUUGAAAGCCAGAACCUCAGAAGCCACUUGCUUGCUGCCUCGGCUGCUUCCCGGCUGCCUCGGCCAGCCUCCUUGUGAGCCUGUCCCUUGGGGGAGUGCCGCUGUCCUUCCUAAAACGCCCUUCUGGGUUCGCUUCCUCUUUGUAGAUGAAAUUCUGAGGUGCUGAAAUGUGAAAAGAGCGAUCAGAACCGUGCUUUCUCUUCCCUUGCUACGCCUUCUAGGAGGUGAUGAUAGUGCCUGUACUUCCUGCCGGCACUGCUGCUGGCAGCCUGUGUGCAUUCCCAGCCUGCUGGUAGGAUCUAAAACCUGCUCUUAGGGUGUCUCUGACCUGGAGUUGAUUUACUUACGUAUCCAUUUAGGAUCCAUGCAGCUUUUAUGUCUUUUUUUAAUUACUGGCUCAUAAACAUGUAUAUUGGUUUAUGGAACUUUACACUCCUCUACCAUACAAAAAUCAUCUUGACUUUUUACAGCUCAGUAGCUUAAUUGUUUGAAAAGUCUGUGGGAUUGAAAACUAGGUAUUUGCCCUUCUGCAUGAAGGGUUUACCUGCAGGUUUGACGGGCAGGUGCUCUGUCUCCCUGCGCUGCUGGCUUCUCUGUUCUGGCGUGAGUUGUGACAGGUGAAACGGCUUCCUGUGCAGGUACAGCAAACCUAAAUCUCCAGUACUUGGGCAUUGGAUUAGAGCAAGUCCUCAAACAAAUACAUGCAUGUAGUUGGGUGUUAGCCCUUAAGGGUAAGUAAAUGAGACUGAGCGUGCCUUUCUUUGCCGUGGCCCGAGAAACACUCACGGGAAGGCAUCCGUCAGCCCAAGGAGCCGUUUGCCCAAACCUAGACCGUCUCGCUUUCUUAGGCCCUAAAGAACACUGGCAGCUGCAUUUAGGUUUGUUUUUAUUUUUAUGGUGGUUUAAGGAGACAUUUUCAUUAUUAAGUUAGGGCCUUAAAAUCUAGAAAUCAGAUCAUUUCCCUUUAUCCCAGCCUUCUCUGUGGAACAAAUGCAAUUAAAUUGUGAGAUUUUGCCUUUAAAA